AUGGGAGCGUCACCACGAGGGGAGCGUCACCACGGGGGGGAGCGUCACCACGAGGGGGAGCGUCACCACGAGGGGAGCGUCACCACGAGGGGAGCGUCACCACGAGGGGAGCGUCACCACGUGGGGAGCGUCACCACGAGGGGAGCGUCACCACGAGGGGAGCGUCACCACGAGGGGAGCGUCACCACGAGGGGAAGCGUCACCGCGAGGGGAGCGUCACCGCGAUGGGAGCGUCACCACGAGGGGAGCGUCACCACGAGGGGAAGCGUCACCGCGAGGGGAGCGUCACCGCGAGGGGAGCGUCACCACGAGGGGAGCGUCACCACGAGGGGAGCGUCACCACGAGGGGGAGCGUCACCACGAGGGGAAGCGUCACCACGAUGGGAGCGUCACCGCGAGGGGAGCGUCACCGCGAGGGGAGCGUCACCACGAGGGGAGCGUCACCACGAGGGGGAGCGUCACCGCGAUGGGAGCGUCACCACGAGGGGAGCGUCACCACGAGGGGAAGCGUCACCGCGAGGGGAGCGUCACCGCGAGGGGAGCGUCACCACGAGGGGAGCGUCACCACGAGGGGGAGCGUCACCACGAGGGGAGCGUCACCACGAGGGGGAGCGUCACCACGAGGGGGAGCGUCACCACGAGGGGGAGCGUCACCACGAGGGGGAGCGUCACCACGAGGGGAGCGUCACCACGAGGGGAGCGUCACCACGAGGGGAGCGUCACCACGAGGGGAGCGUCACCGCGAGGGGGAGCGUCACCGCGAGGGGAGCGUCACCGCGAGGGGGAGCGUCACCGCGAGGGGGGGCGUCACCACGAGGGGGAGCGUCACCACGAGGGGAGCGUCACCACGAGGGGGAGCGUCACCACGAGGGGGAGCGUCACCACGAGGGGAGCGUCACCACGAGGGGAGCGUCACCACGAGGGGGAGCGUCACCACGAGGGGGAGCGUCACCACGAGGGGGAGCGUCACCACGAGGGGAGCGUCACCACGAGGGGAGCGUCACCACGAGGGGGAGCGUCACCACGAGGGGAGCGUCACCACGAGGGGAGCGUCACCACGAGGGGAGCGUCACCGCGAGGGGAGCGUCACCGCGAGGGGAGCGUCACCACGAGGGGGAGCGUCACCACGAGGGGGAGCGUCACCACGAGGGGGAGCAUUACCACGAGGGGAGGUCCACCACGAGGGGAGCGUCACCACGAGGGGAGCGUCACCACGAGGGGGAGCGUCCCCACGAGGGGAGCGUCACCACGAGGGGGAGCGUCACCACGAGGGGAGCGUCACCACGAGGGGAGCGUCACCUCGAGGGGAGCGUCACCGCGAGGGGAGCGUCACCACGAGGGGGAGCGUCACCGCGAGGGGAGCGUCACCACGAGGGGGAGCAUCACCGCGAGGGGGAGCGUCACCACGAGGGGGAGCGUCACCACGAGGGGGAGCGUCACCACGAGGGGGAGCGUCACCACGAGGGGGAGCGUCACCACGAGGGGGAGCGUCACCACGAGGGGAAGCGUCACCACGAGGGGAAGCGUCACCACGAGGGGGAGCGUCACCACGAGGGGAAGCGUCACCACGAGGGGAAGCGUCACCACGAGGGGGAGCGUCACCACGAGGGGAAGCGUCACCACGAGGGGAAGCGUCACCACGAGGGGAAGCGUCACCACGAGGGGGAGCGUCACCACGAGGGGGAGCGUCACCGCGAGGGGAAGCGUCACCGCGAGGGGAAGCGUCACCGCGAGGGGAAGCGUCACCACGAGGGGGAGCGUCACCGCGAGGGGAAGCGUCACCGCGAGGGGAAGCGUCACCAGCGGGCUCCCAGAGGAGGUCAGUUCUACGAAUUUGUGAUUUUAUUAUUGAUAAAUCCAUAUUAA